AACUUAGUGAAAAAGAAAGUAAUAAUUCUAUAAUAGAACUUGAUCUAAUGCCUAUUGCUUGUCAUAAAAAUAAAGUAUAUUGCAAAUGUUUAUUAUAUGCUGAAAAAGGCUAUGCUGGUGCUUGGAAAAAUUUUUCUAAUUGCAAUAGAGCUUCAACUAAUUUUCUUAGCUUUGAAGAUUCUAAAAACAAUUAUUCAAAUCAUUCUGAAUAUGAAGAUUUUUUUAAUUGUAACAAUUCUUUGAAUGAUUUUCUUGAUUCUGAAAUCUCUAAUAAUAGUUAUUCAGAUUAUUCUCAAAAUGAUAAAAAAAUAUUAUAA